CAUAAGUGAACAACGAGAAGGUUCUAUUCGAAGCGUGAAUUACUAAUGACUUCUUAAAAUAAUUACAACUUCAAAAAAAUGUUGCAUUUUGUUUGUUUACUUAUAAUUAGUGGAUAUGUUAAUGGACUUUCUUUGUAUUAUGACUCGUAUACUGGAACACCUGUUAGUGUAGACGAAGUCAAAAAACAUGAUAAGAAGAACACUACAUUUUGGUGUAUAAACGAAAUCGAGCCAUGCGUGGCUGAGGAAUGGAGGCGUGUGGAUGGUUCCUGUAACAACCUACGCGAACCCGCUAGAGGCGCAACCCACACUCCUACAUAUAGAAUACUUCCGCCUGUAUAUGCUAAAAAUUUCGACAAAAGAGAAGCGAAGUCCGGGCGCUCCUUGCCUUUGGAGAGAUUCCUACGGACGACUUUAGUUCCUAUGGGCAAAUUAACCGAUCAAACAUUUACGACGCUUUCCACGAAUUUUCUUGUAUUUAUGACGUCAGAUGUCCUAUCUUUACAUGAUACAGUUAAAUAUAUCGCAUGGAAACCUUACUGUUGUCUUCCAAAAGGAAAAACUGACAGAGCAUGUGUACCGAAUAUGAUACCCGACGAUGAUCCUGUUCAUAGGUUUUCUGACAUCAGAUGUCUGAAUAUGACGAGACCUGAAAGUUUCCAAUCGAUCGGUUGUACUAAAAAUGAUACUGUUCCUGAACGGAUAUUAACUGGUACACCGUCGUUUGAUCUGUCAACAGUUUACGGUAACAGUAGGAAACCUUUGUUAGAAAAAGGUCGAUUGUAUCAAAAAGGUCUGUUGAAAUACGAAGUAGAUAACGGCCGAGUCUGGCCUCCGACUAUUAAAACUGGAUUGGAUGUUUGUUUGUCAAAUCAAUUGCCAGAAGAAAAACGAUGUCAUGAUAUUCCUGAAAAGGGAGCUAACAGCUUAGCUGGGAUCAACUUGGUGACGAUCUGGUUGUGGAGACAACAUAAUUUGAUCGCUACAGCUCUGUCUAAAAUCAACCCAUGUUGGGAUGACCACAAACUAUUUUAUACAGCUCGAGAUAUUAACAUUGCUAUAGUUAUGCAAAUAUUCUACUAUGAAUUAUUGCCAGCAUUAUUUGGAUAUGAAAAUAUGCUUAGAGAUGGAGUUAUAUCCAGCACGUCAGGGUUUAGGGACUUCUACGAUAAUAAACUUGUACCUCAAAUAUCACUGGAGUUUCCGUUUGUUUUGCGAUGGUUCCACACUACGCAGGAAGGGGAUAUGAAGUUAUUCGAUACUGAAGGUCAUUAUUUAAGAAAAGUUCCGAUAGUUAACUUCACUAUUAGAACUGGAUUCUUCGGCGUAGAAGAUAACAUGGAUUUCGUGACGCAAGGAAACUUUAGACAGGGCAGUGCUAAAUUCGAUUAUGUCGUGGAUCCUGAUAUUGUAAACAUUGGUUUAGGUAAUCAUCAGCGAUCUGCGGAUUUACUGACAAGCGAUUUGGCAAAGAACCGAUUAUUCGGGUUGCAGCCUUACAUCAAAUAUAGGGAAUACUGUUUUAAGCAGUCUUUCAAAACUUUCGACGAUCUAAAACAAACUAUUGAUCCAGAACGAGUAGAGUUACUAAGAGAUGUAUACGAAAAUAUAGAAGACAUAGACCUUCUAGCUGGUAUCUGGUUAGAGCGGCCACUCUCGGGUGGCCGUGUGCCGCCCACUCUAUACUGUAUUUUAGUCGAACAGCUUCUAAGAGUCAUGAGGUCAGACCGACAUUGGUAUGAAAGACCGAAUAGACCAAAUGCUUUUACAUAUGAACAACUGUUGGAGAUAAGAAAGGCGUCAGCAGCGCGGUUGCUUUGUGACGUCGGAGACAAAGUGACGGAGAUACAAAAACGCGCUUUCUACAGGAUUAGUCGCAAUAAUCCGAUGUGCAGUUGCAAAGAAAUUGACUUUGUUAAUCUCUGGGCAUGGAAGGACCAAACUUGCGGAACCACGGAGCCGGUAUUUGACAGAUUAUAUGACCCAGCAUAUCUAUUUCAAACAGAGUUUUUGAAAUAAAAGCAAAAACGAUAUAACCAGGUUUAAAUGUAAGCGAAAGAACAUAAGUUUUUUUAAUAAAGAACC